AAUCACCGAACUCACCUCAUCGCAUUCUCAUCUCGGAAAAAUAAAGAGAGAAAAAGUCACAGAGCACAGAGCGAAGAUAUCGUCUUUUUGAUCUCGAUUUGUCUUUAAUGGCAGAAAAGAGCUUCAAGUAUGUAAUCGUCGGAGGUGGAGUCUCGGCUGGAUAUGCAGCUAGAGAGUUCGCCAAACAAGGGGUUAAGCCAGGCGAGCUAGCUAUUAUCUCCAAAGAAGCGGUUGCUCCUUAUGAGCGUCCUGCUCUGAGCAAGGCUUAUUUGUUCCCCGAGUCUCCGGCAAGACUUCCGGGUUUCCAUGUGUGUGUUGGAAGUGGAGGAGAAAGAUUGCUUCCUGAGUGGUACAAGGAGAAAGGUAUAGAAUUGAUCCUUAGAACCGAAAUAGUUAAAGCAGAUCUUGCUGGGAAAACUCUUGUAAGCGCAGCUGGGGAAACAUUCAAGUAUCAGAUUCUUGUAAUUGCAACUGGUUCUACAGUUAUUAAAUUGUCAGAUUUUGGAGUUCAAGGAGCUGAUGCCAAAAAUAUUUUCUACUUAAGAGAAAUUGAUGAUGCUGAUAAGCUUGUAGAAGCAAUAAAAACAAAAAAGAAUGGUACAGCAGUUAUUGUUGGAGGAGGAUACAUUGGUCUUGAGCUUGGUGCUGCUUUGAGAAUUAAUAAUCUAGAUGUCACUAUGGUUUACCCUGAACCUUGGUGCAUGCCUCGGCUUUUCACUGCUGAUAUAGCUGCUUUCUAUGAGGGUUAUUAUGCAAAUAAAGGGGUUAAAAUUAUCAAGGGAACUGUUGCAACUGGUUUCAGUUCGAAUGCAAAUGGAGAGGUGACAGAAGUGAAACUCAAGGAUGGUAGAGUUCUCGAAGCCGACAUUGUUGUUGUUGGUGUUGGCGGAAGGCCCCUUACAACAUUAUUCAAGGGACAAGUUGAAGAGGAGAAAGGUGGCAUUAAGACUGAUGCUUUUUUCAAGUCAAGUGUUCCUGAUGUGUAUGCUGUGGGAGAUGUAGCUACUUUCCCUCUUAAAUUGUACAAUGAGAAUAGGAGAGUUGAGCACGUCGACCAUUCUCGCAAAUCAGCUGAACAAGCCGUAAAGGCCAUCAAGGCUAGUGAGGAGGGAAAAUCCGUUGAGGAGUAUGACUACCUUCCAUACUUCUACUCUCGAUCAUUUGAUCUGGCAUGGCAGUUCUAUGGCGACAAUGUCGGUGAAACUGUACUUUUCGGAGACAACAAUCCUGAAUUGCCAAAGGCCAAGUUUGGUACAUACUGGAUUAAGGAUGGCAAGGUCAUUGGAGCAUUCCUUGAAGGUGGCAAUCCCGAGGAGAAUAGCGCUAUUGCCAAGGUGGCCAAGCUUCAACCCCCUGUCGAGAGCCUAGACCAGCUUAAAAAGGAAGGCCUUACCUUUGCUAGCAAGAUCUGAGAAAUUCUUUUCUUUGGGUGGAAGAGUUAAAUGGGAUUGGCUUUGAGUUUAACUACUUGGUCUUCUAGAUUGUUUUUAUUCUCGUGUAUUUGGUUUUCACAGAUUAUAUUAAUUUCUUACUAUGAAGAUUAUAUUUUGUUGAAAUGUAGUAAAUUACUAAAUUGUUUA